AUGCAUGGCGGCGACAGCGACAACGCAGCCGUCGUUCUCCAGUUCAACGGCAGGCUGAUGUGCGUAUCGGUGACCGACGGCGACCCGCUAAGUGAACCACCCAGUGACCCGCUAAGCAACGCCGGGCAGCAGCUCUCUCCGGAAGGCCGGCUCAUCCACCUGAUCAACCAGACGAUGGCCGCCGAAGUUAACGAAGAUCCUGGCAGCUACGGGAAGCUGGAGGAUGAGAUACUCGCCGUGGUCCUGGCUGUCGGACGAGCCAAGUUUCGGCAGGUCGCACCUCUCGCGCCGAGCCAGACGACGAGCAGCGCUAGCGACAGGACAGCUCUUCACGAGUUGUUGUAUCCAGAGGGAUCCGCGACUGGGCCGACGCAGACUUGGCGGAAACCAUGGAGGGCGACAAGCAGACUGUGA